AUGAAGGAGAAGGCUCCGCAUGACCGAUACUGGACGGCGCGUCGGCUACAGGCCUGCUUUAAUUGCCUCGGGUCGCAUAAGGCUAACGCGUGCCCUUCUUCGGGGCGUUGUACCAGUUGCGGAGGCAAGCACCACUCGAUGCUUCACCUCAAGCCUCUAGGAAAAUCUGAACGGCAGAACUCGAGUGGUUCACAGCAGCAGGGAUCGGGCGGCGGUCAGGGCGUGGGGUCCAGGGUCGGCGCGGCUGCUGUAGCGUUGCAUGCGUCCGCGAUUGCGACGUUGAGUCGCGGAGUCCUUUUGGCUACUGCUCGAGUGACGGUGGUGGGUCCAGCUGGAGAUAGCACCGUCGUUUGCGCCCUUUUGGAUCAGGGCUCCGAGGCGUCCUUCGUAUCAGAGUCGGUCGUGCAGUUGUUAGGCCUUUCGAAGGAGCGUGUUUGUGUCACUUUGAGUGGCCUGGGCACCAGUUUGGUGGGUAUUGCGCGUGCGACCACGGAACUUGUUUUGAAAUCAUCGACCGAUGAGGGCUUCGCGAUUCGGACAAGCGCGUUUGUCCUCCCUCGUCUCACUACGCAGCUCCCGGCAAAGAAUAUCACUGAUUUAGACUUAAGACGCUUCACCGGGUUUAAGCUCGCUGAUCCGGAAUUUUUCAUUUCAAAGAAAAUCGACUUUAUUCUGGGUGCCGAUGUUUAUGGGCAGUUGCUCCGACCGGGCUUGGAAAGAUUGGUUCCUUCACGGAUCGUCAUGCAAAAUACGGCAUUUGGAUGGAUUGUCUCGGGUGGGUUGCAUGAGGAGCGCUCACGGCGGGCGGAGCAAGCUGAUUCUCGAGUGUAUGUACAGGCGCUGCACUGCGCUGCGUCGGAUGAGUUGGAACAGUCACUAAAGCGAUUUUGGGAGCUCGAGGACUUACCGGUGACGCAGGUUAAAAUGAAGCUCGAGGACGAGGCUUGCGAGAAAAUAUUCAAAGAGACGCAUGGGCGCGACGCAGAUGGAAGAUAUGUCAUGCGGCUGCCAUGGAAGGCAGAUUUACCGUCUGGAGCGGCUGAAACAAGGCGGAUGGCCGUUGGCUCCCUUUCUUCCAUGUACCGUCGGUUUGCGCGCGAUCCCCAAUUGGCGCAUAGUUAUCAACAAUUCAUGACGGAUUAUGAGCGACUGGGCCAUAUGACACGGGUUCCGGACUCUGAGGUGCGCGAGGAUAAAGCGUGGUAUUUGCCUCACCAUGCCGUGGUGCAGUCAACGACGGCUGAUUGGAAGCUGAGGGUAGUCUUCGACGCAUCGCGGCGAACUCGGGAUGGCCUUUGCCUUAACGGAUUUCUGCACACGGGUGCUCCACUCCAAGAGACCUCUCGCUAG